UGGCUGUGUUACAUGACUAGCUGGAAAACAUUUCAACGGUGUUUAACUCUUGCCUGUGAACUUCUGCGAUAUUCAGUCCAGCCCACUGCUUCUGAAACCCGACCCAGGUGUUUCAGACGUACAGCUGGCGCAGAUGACGCAUUUUCCGCCAAGAUGGUUGUCGGUGCCUUUCCAAUUGCAAAGAUGCUCUAUCUGGGCGUACGACAAUUGAGCAAACCAGUGGCUAAUAGAAUAAAAGCAGGCGCGCGGAGAAGUGAAUUCUUUAAGAAUUAUAUUUGUCUUCCUCCGGCCCAAGCAUAUCACUGGAUCGAGAUGAGAACAAAGAUGAGAAUUAUGGGUUUCCGUGGCUCCGUCAUCAAACCUCUGAAUGAAGAGGCAGCUGCAGAGCUUGGAGCAGAGUUGCUCGGUGAGGCUAUCAUUUUCAUCAUCGGCGGAGGUUGCAUGGUGCUCGAGUACAGCCGCCAGGCCAUCAACUCCAGACGCAAAGAAGAGGAGCUUGCACAAAACAUCAACAAUCUUCAGACACAACUAGGAGAGCUUGCACUAGCCACAGAGACACUGGAUGCCCAGAUUAGAGAGGUUAAUAGACUUCUUUUGUCCCUCCCAGCGGCUCCAAAUACCAAGUAACAAUGUGCAUCACUAAAAUACGCCCUUUCUUUGAAGGGCAAAGAGACUGAUUUAUGAGAGCAUAUCAGUAGUGGUGCAGCACUGCCACAUAUAUACACACAUAAAGUCUUGGUUAAGCCGUCCCACACGCGCACACACACAAGCAAACACCCAGGCUAUAUAAAGGAGGAAGGAACAGAGAGUUUGUGUGUGAUUAAGUGAGUGGCCACCAGUAUAACACAAUUAAAGCUUCCUAUUCGUUAUUUAAAACAGAAUUUUUUUUUUUUAGAAAGUUCUAGUUUUUUGAUGACACUGUUAAACCAUUGCCAACGUUUGACCACUUAUUAUUCGGCUCAUCAGUUUGGACGUUAUUUCAUAAUAUUUUCUUCAUAUAAGAUGCUGAUGGAGUUGGGCAUUCAUCAUUUAUUAAUGAUUUGAAAAUGCACUUGAAUUUUUGAUACUUGAAUGACAAAUUCCAUAUAGUAAAUAUGGAUGUGUCCCUCGAUAUAGGAAACAGAGAGCCGUCUCUGUGUCCUGCAAGAAAAUCCCCAUUACAAUAAAUGACUGCUGUGUUCAAUAUGGCAUGUGUAUAUGGGUGCAUAUUUAUGAUUGUAAAAUAAAGU